AUGACCGAGUAUAAGUUGGUCGUAGUUGGAGCUGGAGGCGUCGGUAAAUCGGCCUUGACUAUACAGCUGAUACAGAACCACUUCGUGGAUGAGUAUGACCCGACGAUAGAAGAUUCGUAUAGGAAGCAAGUAGUGAUAGACGGGGAGACUUGUCUUUUAGAUAUUUUGGACACGGCUGGUCAAGAGGAGUAUUCUGCGAUGAGGGACCAGUACAUGCGAACUGGCGAGGGAUUCCUGCUUGUGUUUGCCGUGAACAGUGCUAAGAGUUUUGAGGAUAUUGGCUCCUACAGAGAACAGAUUAAACGUGUAAAAGACGCGGAAGAAGUGCCGAUGGUGUUAGUUGGUAACAAGUGUGAUCUGCAGGCCUGGGCUGUGGAUAUGACACAAGCCAGAGAGGUGGCUCGAAGUUACGGAGUACCAUUUGUAGAGACAUCUGCUAAAACUCGUAUGGGAGUAGACGACGCAUUUUACACCCUAGUCAGGGAGAUUCGUAAAGACAAGGAAAGCAGAGGCAAGAAAUACAGAAGAGGUAACAAGUUGGGUUCAAGGCGUUCUUUUAAAUGCACAUUACUUUAA